UUUCCUCUGCUCUUCUCCCCACACUCUCCUCUCCCGCCCCAGGCCCCAGCCCGAUGCGAUGGUCGCGUCCACCUCCGCCGCGCCGCCGCUCGCCGCCUUCGCGUCUCUCCUCACGGCGCGCCGCUUCGCCGAAGCCAGGUCCAAGCUGUCCUCCCUGCUGACGCCGCACCUCCUCGCGGUGCCGUUCCCCGACCUCGCUGCCUCCUCCCUCCCGCGCGGCGCGCCGCCGCAUGCCGUGGCGGCCUUCCACGACAUGCUCUUCCGCGCGUACGCCGACGCGGGCGCGGCCGACCGUGCGGCCGAGGCGCUCGACCUCACCGUCUCCCGACUCGGCCGCCUCGACCCUCGCUCGCUCACGUCCUCCCUCCUCUCCCUCCGCCGCGCCGGACAGCUCGCCGCCGCCACCGACCUCCUCAGGCGGGCGCUCACCUCCUGUCCGGAUUCCGUUUCGCCACUCUCCGCGUCUGUGGUCGUCGAUGGGUUCUGCAAGUCCGGCCGCAUCGCCGACGCUCGCCAGCUGCUCGACGAAAUGCCUCGCCACGGCGUGAAGCCGAAUGCCUUGUGCUACAACUCACUGCUUGACUGUUACAAACGCCAAGAGGAUGACAAACAGGUCGAGGAGGUGCUCAGGAUCAUGGAAAACGAAGGGAUUGAGGCGACAGUUGGGACAUACACGAUCCUGGUCGACUGUUUAUCGGCAGCCAGGGAUAUCGACAAUGUUGAAGCUCUGAUCGAUGAGAUGAAGACAAAGAAUGUUGCAGGGGAUGUGUACUUCUACACGGCGGUCAUCAACGCAUACUGUCGUGCAGGGAAUGUGCGGAAGGCCUCUGAGGUAUUUGAUGAAUGUGUUGGCAAUGGUAUUGAGCCAAACGAGCGUACAUACGGUGUAUUGAUCAAUGGAUUCUGCAAGAUUGGGCAGAUGGAGGCUGCAGAGAUGUUGCUAGCAGAUAUGCAAGGGCGAGGUGUUAGGUACAACCAAAUUAUUUUUAAUACGAUGAUCGAUGGGUAUUGCCGUAAAGGGUUGGUGGACAGUGCUCUUCAAAUAAAGGUGGCCAUGGAGAAAACAGGAAUCGAACUGGAUGUCUACACAUACAACACACUAGCCUGUGGUCUUUGCAGGGUGAAUAGAAUGGAUGAGGCUAAGACUCUGUUGCAUAUCAUGAUCGAGAAUGGCGUGGCGCCAAAUUAUGUCAGCUACACUACAUUGAUCAGCAUACAUUGCAAGGAAGGUGACAUGGUGGAGGCUAGAAGGCUGUUCCGAGAAAUGGCAGGGAAAGGGGCAAUGCCCAGUGUUGUGACCUACAAUGUUAUGAUGGAUGGGUACAUCAAGAAGGGGAGCAUCCGCGAGGCUGAGAGGUUCAGAAAGGAGAUGGAGAAGAAAGGGUUUGUUCCAGAUGUAUACACUUAUGCAUCGCUAGUUCAUGGCCACUGUGUCACUGGGAAGGUGGAUGUGGCGCUGAAGCUGUUUGAAGAGAUGAAACAGAGGGGAACAAAACCUAAUGUGGUGGCAUAUACGGUUCUGAUAUCAGGUCUGGCAAAGGAAGGGAGAUCAGAGGCGGCGUUCCAACUGUAUGAUGAUAUGUUGAAAGCUGGAUUGAUUCCAGAUGAAUCAGUAUAUUCUGCUCUUGUAGGAAGCCUUCACACAGAUAAACGGAAAGAAGCAAAACAAGAAGAUGGUGAGAUGCUCCUGGACACUGAACUAAAAGGAUGAAAAGUCGUCGGAAAGAAGGCACACCAAUUUCAGCUGCUCCACUUCAGAGUCAAGUCCCUUCUUCAGACCCUGGAGUUCCUG